AUGAGGUGCCCAUGUUCCUCAGGGACGUUGGGGACGUCGAGUUGUGACGAGUCUCAGUCCCUCGGGCUCAGUGACAUCACGCUGCAACGUAUCUCACUGUCUUGGGUGGGGGACGUUGGGGACAUUGGGGACAUCGAGGAUGUUGGGGACACUGGGGAUGUCAGGGGCACUGGGGAUGUUGGGGACAUUGGGGACACCGAGCCGGGGCUCCGGGGGGCCGAAGGCGAAGGGCGGGGCGUGCCGGGGGGUGUAGGGGGGUGUCCAGGUCUCGGUGGCUCCCCCCGGCGUCUCGGGGACCCCCAGGCCCGGCAUGAGGCGAGCGCCUGCGGCCAAGCUUACGCCGGCGUUGGCUCCGCCGGCGGCUCCAAGUGCAGCGCCAAUGGUGGGGCCCAGAGAGGAGCCAACGCCGGCGGCGAGGUUAGCUCCAAGGCCAAGUCCGGUGCCAAGGGCGGUGCCGACGUUGGCUCCGAUGGCAGCUCCAACACCGAGGCCAACACCAGAUCCAAGAGCAGGGUCAACGGCGGCUCCGAGGCCAAGGCCAAUGGUGGAUCCAAGAGCAGAGCCAGCAUUGGCUCCAACGGCAGCUCCAGCACCAAGUCCAACGCCGGAUCCAACGCCAGAUCCAAUAUUGGCUCCAACACCAAGUCCAAUGCCGGUGUCAACACUGGUUCCAAGGGCAGAGUCAACGUUGGCUCCAAUGUUGGCUCCGAGGCUGAGUCCAACAGUGCUGCCAACAUCGGGUCCAAGCCCAGAGCCAACGUUGGCUCCGAGUGCAGCUCCAACGGCAAAUCCAAGGGCAGAUCCAAGACUGGAGCCACCGCUGGCUCCAACACUGGCUCCAACUGCAAGUCCAACACCGGUGCUAAUGUCAGAUCCAGGAGAGGAGCCAAUGUUGGAGCCGACGUUGGCUCCGAGGCCAAGUCCAACACUGGAUCCAAGAGCGGAGCCAAUGCCGGCACCAAUGUUGGCUCCAACAGCAGCUCCAACGCCAAGUCCAACACCAGAGCCAACAUCAGAUGCGAGAGCAGUGCCAGCAUUGGCUCCAACACUGAGUCCAACACCAACAUCAGCAUCGGAUCCAAGAGCAGCACCAACGUUGGCUCCAACACCAGCUCCAACGCCAAGUCCAACACCGGAUCCAAGAGAAGAGCCCAUGUUGGCUCCAACACCGGCUCCAACAGCAAGUCCAACACCGGAUCCAAGAGAAGAGCCAACGUUGGCUCCAACACCAGCUCCAACGGCAAGUCCAACACCGGAUCCAAGACCGGAGCCAACAUUGGCUCCAACGGCAGCUCCAAUGGCAAGUCCAACACCAGGUCCAACACCAGAGGAAAGAGCGGAGCCAACAUUGGCUCCAAGAGCAGCUCCAACACCAAGUCCAACAGUGGAUCCAAGACUGGAGCCAGCGUUGGCUCCAAUAUUGGCUCCAAGGCCAAGUCCAACUCCAGCGCUGACUCCAGCACCUAUAUUGGCUCCAACGCUGGCACCGACGGUGAGUCCAACACCAGCGCUGACAUCAGAUGGAAGAGUGGGGCCAACAGCUCCAAUGCCAAGCCCGACGCUGGCUCUGACGCCGCCACCGAGACCAGGCCCAAUGUUGGCCCCAACACUGAGAGCAACACCGGCGCCGAGACUGGGGCCAACGUCUGCUCCACCAUUGGCUUGGAGACCAGCUCCAACAUCAUCUCCGGCGCCAGCUCCAAGAGCAGCUCCAAUAUCAGCCCCAAGGUUGGGGCCAACAUCAGCGCUGGCGCCAGCUGCCACGCCAAGGCCAACGUCGACUCUGAUGCCGGCUCCCACGCCGAUGCCAACUCCAGCACCGACAUCAGAGCCAAGACCAUGUCCAACACUGUCUCCAAGACCACGUCCAAUGUUCGUUCCGACACCGGCUCCAAGACCAGGGUCAACGUUGGCCCCAACGUUGCCUCCAAGACCAUGUUCGAUGGCAGCUCCAAGACCAGGCCCCAUGUUGGCAUCAAGACCAGGUCCCAUGUUGGCUCCGAGACCAGGUCCAACACCAGCUCCAAGACCAGGGUCAACGUUGGCCCCAAGGCCAGCUCCAAGACCAUGUCCAACAUCGGCUCCAAGGCCACAUCCAACGUUGACCCCAAGGCCAAGGCCAAGACCAAUGUUGGCACCAACAUUAGCUCCAACGUCGUCUCCAAGCCCAGAUCCAACACCGAGGUCAACACCGGAUCCAAUGGCAGGGCCAACACCGAGGCCAACGCCGGGGCCAGCGCCGACACCAAGGUCCCCACCAGCUCCGAUGCCGGCACCGGGGAAGUCAAAGCCGGGGCUGAAGGGCUCGGGGGGGCCCGGGGGGGCCUCGGCUGCCAGCAGCUGCCGCAGGCACCAGGCCUCAGCCUCGCUGCGGGAGAGACAGGGGGUUAUGGGGCGUCUGGGGUGAGCCCGGAUGCCUGGGUCCCCCCAGGGGAGCAGAGGGUGCCCAGACCCAUGGAUCCCAUGUGGGGUGGGGAGCUCCCGGACGUGGGUCCCAUGUGGGGUGGAAGGUGCCCAGACAUUGGACUUCCCUCGGGGGUGAUGGAGCACCUGGGUCCCCUGGGGCUAGUGGGACCUCCUGCAUGCCUGGGUCCCCUGGGGCCACCCGGACGCCUGGGUCCCCCGGGGUGGGCUACGGCCACCCGGACGCCUGGCUCCACUCACCUGAUGACAAAAUUGUGGGCGAGCAGGGCUGGGCCCUCGGGGCGCAGUCGGGCGUAG